AUGUCUGCCAAGGUCCCGCGCAACUUCCGCCUGCUGGAGGAGCUUGAAAAGGGCGAAAAGGGUCUCGGAGCUGAGGCCUGCAGCUACGGCUUAGAAGAUGGCGACGACCUGCUCAUGUCCAACUGGAACGGCACCAUCCUGGGACCUCCUCAUUCCGCACACGAGAACCGCAUCUACAGCCUGAAAAUGCACUGCGGCGAAAAGUAUCCCGACGAGCCCCCCUCCAUCCAGUUCGUCAGCCAAGUCAACCUCCCCUGCGUCAACCCUCACAACGGCGUCGUCGACCCGAAGCAGCUUCCUUGCCUAGCCCAGUGGAAGCGUGAAAACACCAUGGAGAUGGUCCUGAUUGAGCUGCGAAGAUACAUGGCCUCUCCGGCGAACAAAAAGAUCCCCCAGCCUCCUGAAGGCUCUACAUACUCAUGA